AUGGAUAUCGGAGAACUGUUGGACUACAAACCUGCUAACACUCCAAAACGACCACUACCUGAAGAAGAAGUUAAUCAAAUUCAAGAAAAUGAGACUGAUUAUGAACGACAGAAAAAACUUAGACGAUUAGCUAAACAUCGUGUUCAACAAAUAGAGAAACAAGAGCAAGAACGACUGAAGGCAGAACAAGAAAGACUCGCCGAAGAACAGCGAAUGAAACAAGAACGGCAAGAUAUGGUGCAAAAACUAGUUGAUGAAAAUCUUGCUGGUACUGAUGACGGGGUCUUAGAUGAAGCAGCUCUAAAACGCAUGAUUUUAUUGUUUGAAAAAAAAGUGCUGAAAAACCAAGAAAUGCGAAUAAAAUUUCCUGAAAAUCCUGAAAAGUUUAUGGAAUCAGAAAUUGAAUUGCAUGAUAUUUUAACAGAAAUGCAUGCUAUAGCAACUGUUCCAGAUUUAUAUCCUAUAUUAGUCAACCUAAAAGCUGUUUUAUCUCUGUUAGAAUUACUUACUCACGAAAACACUGACAUAGCAGUUGCAGUUGUCAAUUUAUUACAGGAGCUAACUGAUCUUGAUUCUUUAAAUGAAAAUGAAGAAGGUACUGAAAUAUUGAUUGAUGCAUUGCUCAGCAAACAAAUAUGUGCUCUAUUAGUACAAAAUCUUGAACGUAUGGAUGAAUCCGUGAAAGAAGAAGCUAAUGGUGUACAUACAACUUUAGGAAUAUUUGAAAAUAUUAUGGAACUAAGGCCUGACGUUGUGGUUGAUGUUGGUAAACAAGGUCUUAUUCAAUGGCUUUUAAAAAGAAUUAAAGCUAAAAUGCCUUAUGAUGGUAAUAAACUUUAUAGUAGUGAAAUCCUAUCUAUAUUGUUGCAAAACAAUGAAGAGAAUAGAGCUUUAGUUGGAGAAAUCGGAGGCAUUGACAAUUUAUUACAACAACUAGCAUAUUAUAAAAGACACGAUCCUUCUUCUCCCGAUGAACAAGAAAUGAUGGAAAAUCUUUUUGAUUGUCUUUGUUCUUGUUUAAUGGAUAAACAAAACAGAGAUAGAUUCUUGAGAGGUGAAGGACUUCAGCUUAUGAAUCUUAUAUUAAGGGAAAAAAAAUUAAGUAGAAAUGGUUCAUUAAAGGUAUUGAAUCAUGCUUUGUCAGGUCCACAAGGCAAAGACAAUUGCAACAAAUUUGUAGAUAUUUUGGGACUUCGGACCAUAUUCCCACUAUUCAUGAAAACUCCUAAAAAGAACAGAAAGAGAAUGCUUAGUACAGAAGAACAUGAAGAACAUGUUAUUUCAAUAAUUGCCAAUAUGUUACGUAAUUGUCGCGGUACACAAAGACAACGUCUAAUGACUAAAUUUGCUGAAAAUGAUAUGGAAAAAGUUGAUAGACUCAUGGAACUUCAUUUUAAGUAUAUGGAAAAGGUUGAAAUGAUCGAUGCUGAAAUUGAUGAAAAGAACGCUGGGGAAGAAGAUGAAGAUGAAAUUUAUCUGAAACGUUUAAACGGAGGUCUAUUUUCUUUGCAACUGGUUGAUUAUAUUACUUUGGAAGUUUGUAAUAGUGGCCCAAACAUAAAAAAGAGAGUAACUCACAUUUUAAACAUGCGAGGUGGAACAUUAAAAACUAUUCGACAAAUAAUGAGAGAAUAUGCUGGAAACCUUGGCGAUGAUGGGGAUAAAGAAUGGCAGGAACAAGAGCAACGUCAUAUAUUAAAAAUGGUUGAUAAGUUGUAA